AUGAAGGCCACCACUGCUGCAACAACCUUUGUCAGCCUGAUAGGGCUGGCAGCAGCUGAUGCCGAAUUGUCAUCACUAGCACGACGAGGAUCGUCCAUCCUGAAAAGGUGGGACUACGACGUCUGCUCUAACGACUGCAGUCUUGCCGGCGUGGCCAUGCCGGAUAAGGACAACUUCCAGCUUCCACUGGAGAACAACUGGUCCGAGCAGUGUCCCAAAAUCAUCAUCGGGCCUUAUGAUGCACCUCUGGCUACUUCCAGGGUCUGUCUCGACUUUAUUGGGCCCAACAUUUACUUCAAUGUGUCCUCGUUCCCGGGCUAUACCACGAAAUCUGCAACGGUAACGUGGAAGUUGAUGGGUAACAUGAUCGACUCUGCGCAUUGGAGCACCCCGCCACCUACGGCGACACUCACCUGCGCGCCGUCUGGAGUUAAUGAUCAGCUCGUCUGUAAGCUACCAUUCAACGACGCUCUGGGCCUCACACCCACCACUAGCAUCAAGAGUGCCCUGGCCGGAAUGUGCCCCAAUGGAGACCGCGAGGGUUUGGGCUUCUACUUGCAGUUCUCCGGCCAGGUUGAGUCCGUUGACUCGGCCACUAACAUCAAAACCGUCCACACGUUUGUCCAUGAACCAGUGUGCACCCAAAGAGAUUCGAGACGCAGUUGUACGGCAUGGAAUCCCACUUAUAACUACUUUGCAAUCAGCUACCGCUGCUCGAAAUGCAAUGUAGCACCGUGCCCUGCACCAAGCAGCACGUCUUCAACCGAGACCCCGACGGCCCCAACGCCGCCGCCUUCACUCAAGACGUGCGCCUUUGGCACCGCUUUCGGCUUCCAGAACCCCGUUGCCGGUGUAGAGAAAUCUACCACCCUCAAUAGCCAGUCCGGUCAAGGCUGCAACCGCUGGGGCUGGUACGAGACUCCCACACUCGCCGAGCUGCAAGGCGGUAUCUCCGGUCCGCUGUAUGUGGGCGCGGGCGGUAACGACAUCACCAAGGCCAUUGAUGUAGGCGUCUGGGUCGCAACAGCAAACCCGACCGGUCGUGUCACCGUCACAUACCUGCUCAACCCGCCCUACGUCCUCGCCGAGGUCCACGUCGACCUCGACUGCCUUCCCAUCGACAAGUGCGGGCCGGGCCAGUACACGUACAAUGCUGGAAGCAUCCCUAAUUUACCCACCUGGUCGAAUCCUACUCCGCUCGUGUACCCGACGUGUAGUGGUGGCAGCCGGGCCUACCUUAUCGUUCAUGCCGCUGUUAACAUCUUGACUGUCACUAACACAUGUCCGGCGCCCAAGGCUUCUUGA